AUGGCUGCAUCAAAGCAUUCUUCAUCCUCAUCCGCCGCGUUAAACACCAACCAUAGGUGGGCGACUCUCGAACCGCGGGUGAAACAAGUAUCACAAUCCGUAAUCCGCAAGAAAUGGAGGCCUCUGCCCGCUUCGUCGCAGGAGAAGGUCAGGCAGAUUCUGAUGAAUUUAAAGGCGAAGAGAUCUGGUGCCGGUGGAAACGGCAGGAUCCCACCAAUUGGCAAGUUGCGCAAGAAGGCGACGGCGGCCAGUAUCAGGGAGGAAGAGUAUGAGAAGGCGGUGGAAGAGGUUGCUGAUAAACUCCUCGCUCGCCUACCUCGAAUGCCAUUCCCACCUACAAACACGUCCACAGUCGACGAUUCGCCGUUCGAUCUUUCUGCGACUCUCGCCCGCAUCACCACUCUCCAAUCCCAGUUAACGACAAACCUUCAGACGCAACACCUUCUCCGCCGGCAGAUCAAUCGGGAGAAACUCGCUCUGAAGAGGGACCGCGCUCAGCUGAAAAUGCUGGAGGACGGAUUCAAGGGGAGCGAGGCGUUGAGGCGGAAGAAGGAGCGGGGCCUGCAUCCUUUGGUCAGGGACUUGCACAAGGAAGAAGAGACUGAAGACGGCGCCGAAGCUGAGGAGGCGAGAGAGGAGAUUGAGCGCGUCAACAACAUUGCAGGGAUAUGCCUUACGACGAAGAAGUUUUCUACCAUGUCUCGGUCGAAGACCCUCCCAUCACCUACUCUCAGCCUCGACUCAGGAAUCGACCCUGAACUGAAUUCUCUGCUCACUCAAUUGCGGAAUCAUCUCCUCAGCAUGCAGAAUAAUACGGCAAGCAUGCAGCCUGUGUUAGCGGCUAUGGAUGAAGCGAAGAUAGUAUUGGAUAAAUUUGCUGCAAGACGUGGGAUCCGAAAUAGCCCCGACAACACAUGA